UACGGAAAUUGUGUUUACAAUAGCAAGCAGCAGCAGCAGAAGCAGCAAAGGAGGAACUGUUGUUGAUUGCGUGUGUAAUUUAGAAUAAUUUUGGUUUUAGAAGAUCAUACACGGGAAUCCCGCUGUCGUCCCAAAUGACGAUCUACAACUUGUACAUUUUCGAUAAACUUGGUACACUGCUGUACUACGGUGAAUGGAACCGUCUGAAGCAAUCUGGAAUCACAAAAGACGAGGAAGCAAAGCUUAUGUACGGUAUGCUGUUUUCUAUCAAAUCGUUUGUCAGUAAAAUCUCACCGAUCGAACCACGGGAAGGUUUCCUUUACUACAAGACGAACAAGUACGCGCUGCACUAUCUGGAGGUUCCCUCCGGGUUGAAAUUUGUCCUCAACACCGACAACACAUCGACCGGUAUUCGGGAGUUUCUACAGAACAUUUACACGAAGAUAUGGGUUGAGUAUGUCGUUCGAAAUCCGCUGUGGACCAUCGGGACACCCGUCACGUCGGACAUCUUUAAGGCAAAGUUGGAUGACUUUGUGAAACAGUCGCCUCUCUACGGGUCCAAGAUUAUUUAAUAGGAAGUGAUAAAAGAAGCCCUCCCCCCCUCCUGCUCCGUUUUGUUCGGGUAAUCAACAUGUACAUAUUGUUCUAGUACACCUUAUGCUGCUUUCGGUAUUCGGUCAGCCAUUUCUGUAUGUUUUGAACGUGUACGGUACGCGCCAGCGUUACCGAACCCGGAUCAUUUGCGUUCGAUGCGCGCAGAUCGAUAUGGUGGGCACCUUCGGGAAUGAGCACAAUCUUGAUGUUACUGUUGGACGAACGCAGCACACCACCACCGGACCACGGAUCCAUCAGCCCGUUGCUGAAGACGAUGUUUGUGAUGCUGGCGCUGCAAGAGAAUGAUGGUUUAAUUUAAUCGAAAAUAUAUGGUAAAGUUAAUAAAAGUAAUACAUUUCCGUUAACGCUGUA